UACGGUCUCUCUCUCUCUCUCUCAUUGACUUUCUUUCACCUCCUCCGACGAAUCUCCCAUGGCAUUUUCUCUCUCCUAGGUUUUCUGUUGCAAAUCACUCUCUCUCUCUAUCCUCCUUUCAUGGCCCCUCACACCGCCUUCUCCGAUUCCAACGAUAACGCCAGCAGCAGCAUCACCACCACCAACUACAUCUCCACCGUCGAGACCGCUCUAUCCCCCGACCAUCCCUCCUCAACUCCCGACAUCGCCGCUCUCCGACGCCUCUCUCAAAACCUCGACUCCCUCUUCCAAUUCCCUAACCCUGAUCCCUUCAGCGAUGCUCGGAUCAUUGUGCCCGGCCCCUCGGGUGGGCCGUCCCAGGAAGUCCCCGUCCACCGAUGUAUCCUUUCCGCCAGAAGCCCCUUCUUUCGAAACAUCUUUGUGGGCGGAUCGAAUUCGAUCAAGGAAAGAGGGGGGAAGAUUGAAUUGAAGGAACUGGUCAGGGAUGUCCAUGUGGGGCACAAUGCGCUGGUCGCCGUGCUUGGGUAUUUGUAUAGUGGGAAGGUGAGGCCUCUGCCGGAUGAGGUCUGCAUUUGUGCGGAUGAUGAGUGCUCGCAUUUGGCGUGCCGGCCCGCUGUGGAUUUUAUGGUGGAGGUGCUCUAUGCUGCUUUUACAUUUCAGAUUGCUGAGCUGGUAACCCUUUAUCAGCGGCACCUCCUUGAUAUUCUUGCCAAGGUGGCAGUAGAUGACGUUUUGGUUAUCUUAUCUGUUGCAAAUAUGAGUGAUAAAGCUUGUGAGAGGUUGUUAACCAAAUGCACCGAGAUUGUCAUCAAGUCUGAUAUUGAUAUUGUAACUCUUGAGAAGGCAUUGCCCCAUGAUGUUGUCAAGAAAAUCACGGAUGAACGUAAAAGUCUUGGCAUAAUUGGACUGGAAGGCAUUGGUUUCCCGGAUAAACAUGUGAAGAGAAUACACAGGGCACUUGAGUCCGAUGAUGUUGAAUUAGUGAGGAUGUUGCUGAAAGAAGGGCACACUACCCUAGAUGAUGCAUAUGCACUACACUAUGCAGUGGCAUAUUGUGACUCAAAAAUUACAACAGAGCUUCUGGAUCUCGGACUUGCUGAUGUUAAUCAUAAGAAUCCAAGGGGAUACACAAUACUUCAUGUCGCUGCAAUGCGGAGAGAACCUAAGAUAAUCGUGUCUCUUCUAACGAAAGGGGCCCAGCCAUCUGAUCUUACAUCAGAUGGAAGGAAUGCACUACGGAUCUGCAAGAGGCUCACCAAGUAUGUGGAUUACCAUCGGCCCACCCAAGAAGGAAUGGCUACUCCCAAGGAUCGGCUAUGCAUAGAGGUAUUGGAGCAAGCAGAGAGGAGAGAUCCUCUAAUAGGAGAAGCUUCUGCCACUCUUGCAUUGGAAGGCGAUGACUUGCGCUCAAAAUUGUUAUACCUUGAAAGUAGAGUUGGUCUGGCGAAGAUUUUGUUCCCCACAGAAGCAAAAGUUGCCACGGAGCUAGCACAAGUGGAUGCCACUUUGCCAUUAACAUUAGCUCCCAAUUCCAAGCUUACGCAUGGAAACCAGGAUAUGGCAAUGGACUUAAAUGACGUGCCUUUUAAGAUCAAGGAGGAGCAUCUGGCUAGGCUGAGGGCACUCUCCAAGACCGUGGAGCUUGGGAAGCAAUUUUUCCCCCGCUGCUCAGCAGUACUCAACAAGAUCGUUGACGAUGAUGACUUAACAGAGCUUGCUAACCUCGAGCAUGGUACCUCAGAGGAACGAGAGUUGAAAAAACGAAGAUUCAAUGAAAUCCAAAGUACUAUGAUGCAAGCAUUUAACCAGGACAAGGUAGAAUUUGAUAGAUCUACCAUUUCAUCAUCAUCUUCAUCCACAACAAUUGAAGGGGCUCGAUCCAGGCUUUCUAGGAAGUGAUAUAGUAUCAGAGGCUUGUAUGUUGUAACCAUAUUUUUCGUUCGAGUUUGGUCUGUAAUAUAGUUUGUUAUCUCAUAAUUAGAGACUGGCUUGUUUAUCUCAGAUCUCAAAGUUUUGUUACACGAAGGAAAUGCAAACGAGCAACAUAAGCUGAUAUCUUAGCUUUCCAUGGGCAGAUAAAAUAAGGGGAGUAACUCUGUCAAUUUAGGGAA